AUGCCGCGCCUGUGGACGUGCGUCGCGUUGGGCGCGUAUCUGCUCGCCCGCGCGAGCGCGCAGGUACUCGACGAUGUCGUGACCUCCGCCGACUACUAUUACGAUUACGACGAGGUGGACGAGCCACCCGAACGCGCGCGGGCUCCGACGCCGUCUCCCGCGUCGCCACCCGCGACACCGCCCACUCCGAACCCACCGUCGCCUCCGGCGGGUCCGCAUCCACCGGUCGUGACCCCACCGGAGCCGCCCUCUUCUCCGGCGACCCGGACCGAGCCGUCGUCGCCCCCGCCGCCUCCCGAGACCCCGACCCGACCCCCUCGACCCAGCCCGACCGAGCCCGACCAAGUCCUCGAGUACCCCCCGGAGAGGCUCGCCUCCGUGGACGACGCGACGUACCGACCCGGCGACUGGCUCAUCGGCCGAUCCACCUACUUCGACGCCCCCACCGCGUGGAAGGCAAAGUUCGAACCGCACCUGUUCGGCGACGUGCACGGCAACGGGUGCGGAUCGUUCACCAACAAGGGCCCGGGCUUGGAGAGCAACUCAAACUUCACGCUGCCCCUGGACGCCGUCGCCGCCGUCGCGGACUUUGACCCGAGGUUCUACGAGGGCGCGUGCGGCACGUGCUACGAGUUGGGGUGCAUCACGGGCCCGAUCUUAAACGUGGCGACGCGAACGAACCAGACUAAGCUGCCGCUGUGGCGCAUGGCCGACGGACGAUCCUUCUACGACGUCGAUCCAAACGCGUUGGACUCUUUCAACAGGACGGUACCCGGCGAGAACGUGUUGAUCGAACCUGGCACCGACGCCGAGUGGGAGUACACGCGGUGCUGGAACGAGUCGCGGACCAUAUACGUCACGAUUGUGGACGUUUGUCCGUGCCAGUACUCGUGGGGCGAGCAGAGCAUCUGCUGCGGCCCCGUGCCCCACUUCGACCUCAGCUACUGGGCGCACGAGCUCCUCGCUCACCCGCUGCAGGGGAAGAUGAUGCUCAGGUUCAGGCCCGUCCACUGCGACACCAAGGAGCCCGUGGACGCUCGGAAAGGCGCGAGCGCGCGCAUGGGCGUCGCGGACUUCUCUUCGGAGAACGGAUCGAACAGGUUGAACAUGUUGAACGGCGGCGGCGAAUCGCAACGCGUCUUUGUGAAAAACGCCUCGUCGUCGGCACAGCUGGCGCCGCGGGUCGUUCCCGUGUACCGCGACGAAAUAUCGCCGGGGUGGAGCUUCACCGCGUACAGGGACCAGUGGGCUACGAUCUCGAAGCGUGGACACGGCGUGGGCGGGAGCGCCGCGCUGUGCGUGUCGGUCGCGCCGGGCGGGAGGAUGGCGCUGCGUUGCACGAGAUGCCAAGACACCGGCAAGCCUUUCGCUGGCGCCAAAGCCGUGGUGCGCCUCUGGGUGCGGUCCACGUGCGCCACCGAACCGUCGCACGAGCCCCCGGUGUACCUGGGCGUGAGCACAAUGGGCGUGUACGACUACGCCCUUGGUGCGACUCCGGCGGAACGAGCGUGCGGGAACAAGACCAAGGUGUGGGACCACGUCGUCUCCGACUGGCGCGAUAACUGCGGCUGGAGGAUAUCCGUGCCGGUGUCGACGCUUAAGGGGUGCUCCCCGGACAAGGCGAGCGGCGCGAACGCGCUGUUCCUCGAGCUCGGGCGUGGAGCGGUGGGCGACGCGAAGGUGUGCAUGGACGAUGCGAGCAUCGUGACGUGA